ACGCCUCCCCUCCGGUGGAACAACAACACGCGGACUCGGUCUCACGUGAAGCCGCAGCGGAGGCACCAGGAAGCGGCUGCGACCCCCAGGUACCGCCGGUGAGACCGUCCCUCCGCAGCCCGGAACCCUGCUCCCUGCCCGGGCACCUGCUCCGCGCCGUCCCCUCCACACAUGGUUCUCCUGCGGAACAUCUCCAUCGCCCUCACCGCCGCCGUGGCCGCGCUCGGGUCCGCGCUCUUCAUCGCGCUCAACUACUUCUACAGGAGGAAGAUAUGGAGUCAUCACAGGGACUAUACAGCCAUCACUGAGGAGGUGGAGGAGCGCGGGAAGCGCCAGGUCCUGGUCCUCGGUCUGGACGGAGCUGGGAAGAGCAGCAUGCUGCAGGGCCUGACCCCCGGGCCCCCGGCGGCCAGGAGGGGGCGCUGCCGGCCCACCCGCGGCUUCAACUUCAUGAGCCUCAAUGCCCCCGCCUGUCAGCUGGACUUCCUGGAGAUCGGCGGGGGGGAGGACCUGCGGCGGUACUGGUCCGAGUACCUGAGGAAGACUCACGUUCUGGUGUAUGUGGUUGACUCGUCCGACCGGAGGCGCCUCCCACUGGCGAAGGCUGAACUGCACCUCCUGCUGAAGGCGGAGCCUCAGCUGCCCGUGGUCAUCCUGGGAAACAAGCAGGAUAAGCCCGAUGCCAUCGAUGUGUCGGAGCUGCACGACGCCUUGUCUCUCGGCUCCGUGACCGAGGACAGGAAGCUCGUCCUCUUGGCCGCCCAGCUGGACUCCGACGAAGCCCUGAGGAACUCCUGCUGUGGCCCGGAGACCUUCCAGGACCUCCUGCUCCAGCUCAUCUAAUCCCC